AUGAAGCGUUCAAUAAAACAAGAAGAAAUUAAUGAAUCGAAAGAUAUUUUUACAUUUAAUACAGAUGAAGAUCUAACAAUAGUGUGGUUUGAUGAUACUAUCGAUGACGAAAUAAAAAUUACUUUAGAACAAGCACAUGAUCACGUUAAAAUUUGUCAUUCAUUCGACGAAAUGACUUCAACUAUAGACAACAUUAGAAAUGAAAAAAUAAUAUUAAUUACUGCUGGUCGAUAUUCUCGCGAAGCAUUAUUUCAAAUUCAUGAUAAUGAGAAGAUUGACACAAUUUAUAUAUUUUGUUUGAAUGUCUCAUUAUAUCAAGAUUUGAUUGAUGAAAAAAAAUAUUCGAAGCUCAUUGGUAUUUAUGCAGAAUACGAAUCUUUGUUUACUAUUGUAAAACAACAAAUUCAUUUAAUAUUAAAACAUUUGUCAAUAUUCAAUCUAUUUAAUCAUAAUGAUAAACCGAUACGGGAUUUAGAACAUGAAUCAAACAACUAUUUAUGGUAUCAACUAUUUCGUGACACAUUAAUGACUAUGCACACAGAAACUGAACAAUGUAAACAGCAACUAAUUGAUUAUUGUCGAUCUUAUUAUCGAUUAAAUAAAAAAUAUCUCGAAGACAUUGAUAUAUUUGCACAAACAUAUAAAUCAUCUGAAGCUAUACAUUGGUAUACAAAAGAUUCUUUUCUAUACCGUUUUAUUAAUAAAGCUUUACGCACUGAAGAUAUUGAAGCGUUGUUUCGCUUAAGAUAUUUUCUUAAAGAUCUUUGUAAAAAUUUAAAAUUAUUAUUCGAUGAUAAUUUUCAAACGUAUCAAGAGUCACUUGAAGCAAUAUUAGUUUACCGUGGUUUAACAUUACCAAUUAAAAUCAUUGAUCAAAUAAAACAAUCUGUUGGUAGAUACGUGUCAACAAAUGGAUUUUUAUCGACUACGUUUAAACGAGAUGUAGCCGAAAUGUUUCAAGUUCAUAUAUAA